AUGGCAACAUUCACUGAACAGCAAACCUUUCUACAAAGGCAGAAGAUGGUAAUUGAAGCUUACGAAGUGAAAACCCGUCUUGAGAAAAAGUGCAAGGCAGAGGUCGAGUCGGUCGAUCCGUUGCAAGCCAAGUCGCGCGAAGUCGUUGCAAACAUGCAAGCCGUCCUCAAGAAGGGAAUGGAUGGACCUGCUGUCACUAAUCAAUGGAUAGAAUCCACCCAAGCAAUGUGUUGUGAAUUUUUCUCUCCUUCCAACAUCCGCCGCUUCCUCGAAUACUUCUGGUCCCUUUGGUACCCCAAUUGCCCGAUUGUACAUAGACCAUUAUUUGACACAAAGGAAGCCUCUCCAGCUUUGCUAUGUGUAAUGGUUUUGAUUGGCGCCUGUCUAUCUCCAAGCAGCGAGGAGCACGAAAGUGCACGGAUUUUGCUUGACAGCUGCGAAGAGCUCGUCUUCACUCACAAUUGCUUCCGGGAUGACGGAGCUAUCUCAAGAAAUGAUGAGAGAAAGGACAUGGUACAGUGUAUGCAGGCCUCAUACCUGGUGUGUUCCCUUCAGAAGCGGGAAGGUAGUUUGGAAGCUCAGGCGCGGAUUCGGCGGUAUAGACAUACUUCAAUGGUUGCACUAGCAAGAAGUAUCGAGCCCAAAACAGCAUCGCAUCGGAAUCUUCAGCUUGGAAGUGCAUCGCUGUCUUGGUGGAAAGAAUUUGCAGAGGAAGAGGAGCUUAUUCGAACUAUCAUUUUCGCAUUUUUGAUUGACGCAGCAUUGACUAUUCUCCACAACUCUCCACCCCGGAUAGUUGUGUCGGAGCUGAGGAUGGACGUUGCCUGUCCCGAAGCAUGCUUCCAAGCAGAAACCGCCGAGGAAUGCCUGCAAAUUCUUCGGGUGUGGUCGAGCACUCGCUUCUGGAAGAAGCGACCAUCAGUCGUCUCCGUCGUUCGACGUAUCUGCCAAGGCCCGAUUGAUGAAACUCUCGUGCAGGAAUUCUCUAUUUUAGGAACCCUCAAUCUAUUUACAUUAGUACAAGCAAUCCACUCUCUCAUGUUCCAUCUCCACAACUCCCUCGUUUUCGAAUCAACUCUAGCCCCUGUUCAAACUGGGCUUGAAAAUUGGCGCCGCAUCUGGAACGAAAGGAUACCUGAAGAUGUCGGCAUCCCUGACACCCCCGACAACCUUUGGAAGCAAGUUGGAUUUCUUCGGCAGGCGUCAGAGUUUUGGCAUUUAGCACGUAUCAUAGCGAGCAAGAUCAUGCUAGCCAAUCAGGAUGAAAGUAGGGAGGCAGAAGAAGAUAAAGAGCUGUCUAGAUACGACCACACGGACAUGGGGGAUGUCAACGAACUCAUCAUGGAGUAUCGAAGGUUGAACCUUGGUAUGAAUUGA